AAUUAAUCAAAAUUUAAAUAAUUGAAAUAAAAUUCAAUCGACCAAUAAAAUUAAAAUAAAAAAUGAAUAGUAUUAUCUUAAGAUAUAAAAACAAAACAAAGAAAUUAGGAUUUAGAUCAAAGCUCUCUGCUGAAGAUCUAUCAUAUUUAAUUGCAAACCAUUAUGAUAUAAAGGGUAAAAUUUUGGGCUUGAAGGAUACGUCAGAUAACUUCUAUUAAAUUAAAACAUUUUGCAAUAGCAACUUGCUUAAACCUAAUGAAGUCUAUCAUGUUAUUGUAGAAUAAAACGAGGUCUCUUAAUUGAAUACAUAGUCUACACAAAAGAAUCCUUCUUCUUCAAUUCGUAAUAGCAGCAUUCACCAAAGUUCUGAACCUGUAUAAAAGCAUAUUUAAUAGUCAGAAUUUAGAUAUUAAAAUAGCCAAUCUCAUCAUAAAAAUUAGUAUUCUUAAAACCUUUACAAUGCAAAUAAUUAGCAAGGAUAGUUAUGUCUUUCUAGCAUGAUUACAGUAGUUAAUAAUUUCAAAGUUUGGGAAGAAAAUUUCUAGGAUCCUUAGGAAGAUCGCACAAGUGUAAUAGCUUUAAUAGAAGAUAAGGACUAUCUACACUCUCUUGAUCCUAUAGUCAAUAAUAGCUUAGUUAAUUCAUUUAAUAACGAAUGGGUAAAUGUUAUGAAUAGUCUUGCAGAUAGUUAUGGUGACAGAGUUGAUUAUUUUUGUUGUAAUGUAAAAAGCAAAGAAGAAAUUCAAAACUUUAAAGUUUUUCCUUCUGUGAUUGUUUAUAAAGGGGGAUAAAAGGUUAUGGAAAUAUCUCUUUAAAAUUAAGCCAAAACAAUUUUAAGAUUGCUUGAACGCUUUUUGAAUACUGCUUCUGGCAUGCUUGCUUAAUCAGGCUAAAUUGCGAGCAGCCACUUCCCUUAAAAUUAACAUGCACAAGCUUUACUACUGAUGGAGCAGUCAGUUCAGUAAACUGAUUUUGAUACAGGAGAUAUAAUUACUAUUCCUGCAAAUAUCCCUGAUCAACGUGAACUGCUUAACUUACUUGAUGUAUAUCACUCAAACAACUAAAUUACUACACUUGAUUACUUUAUUUUUAAGUGCAAAAUACUUGAAAAGUUUGAUUUAUUUAUGAGAGGAUACUACGAGGUAUAUAGCGAAUUUGAUUAGAAUUCUUUUAAAGACUACUUGCUUUAGGUAGCUAACUAGCAAAAUAACCAAGAAAAAUUGGAUGUAGAAAAUAACAACAGCAAAACUAACAACUAAUUUGAGAAUAAGAAUUUCUAAAAUAACAGACCUCAAAGUUCUGCUUAACCUCAACACUCAGGAGCUAGAAGAACUCCAAGUAGACAAUAAACGAGCAAUUUCGGAUCUGAUUCUAAACUAGGAUUCUCUUAAGAAUAAUUAAUGAAAGCUGUUAUAGAGCUUGAAACAGGAAACUUACUUGAAAUGCCAAUCUUAACUCAAAUAAAGAAAUUAAUAUUAGCAGAAAACCAAGAAAUUAUUUCAAUAGUCGAAGGAUAUCUGUCUAAUUCUUAUAACAAAAAUUCUUUGAGCGAAAAAUUGAAGAAAUAUAUUAUUUAAACAAACCACUUUGAUAGACCAACUAGUCCUUGGCCUAAAAAAGAAAAAGUUAUCUAAAUGUUCUAAAACAUUGUCUCAAAAAAUUAUCUCACAGAGAAAGAAGUUGAAAUUUUAAAAAUUCUGAUUGAAAGCAAUAAUUAAUUAUUAAUGGGAACUUUUUCUGAUGGUAGACUCUAAGAUGAGCUAGUUAAGAGUUUAAAAAGAAUAGCUUCCUAAUACAUAAAGAGCUAAGAAAAUACCAAUUAAUCCAUUUAGCAAAGAAGUGCAAAUUAAAGUGGAGAUUUAAAAGCCAUGAAAAACUUUGAAAAUAUAAAAGUGAAUAACUUCUUCUAGCAGUAAUAACAAUUUUAAUAAAUUCCAGAUGAUCAAGAAAAUCAAAAUUUGUAACAAGAUUACAAAAAGGAAUAUUUAAACAAGAAAUUAGAUUUUUAAAAUAGUGGUGACAAUUAGCAAAGUUAAGAUGAGCUAUAAAUAUAAAAUAUUGCAAAUCAGUAUUUAGAUGUAUAGGGAAGUGAUUAAAAGCAAAAAAGAAUCCCAUAAUACAACAACGCUCAUUAAUCUUCCUCUUCUUCUGCAUAGUUUGCUAACAUCCAAAGAUAAUUUUUAUCUGCUUCACCAGUUAUUGACAAUUCAAAAUAGAAGUAGGUAGUGGAAAAUCAACCUCAUUUUAGAGCUGAAGAAAAUGAGGACUCUCCUCUCCAUACAAUUUAAUUACACCAAUAGCUAAACUAAGGAAGCAGUGGACCAAAGCCUACAAAUUUAUAUAGCAUAAUUAACAGUAGCAACAACAAUAACAACAAUAUUAACAAUGACUUUUAAUACAAUAAUAGUGAAUAAUUAUAAAAGAAAUUAGAUUAAAUAACAAAUAGCCAAUAACAAUCUAAUGAUGAUUUGUAAAUAUUCAACUCGAAUGCAGGAUAGUUAAGUAAAGAAACCUAGCCAGUAUAAUAAAACUAAAUCCAAAAUAUUGCAUAAAUUGUAUACAAGUAGUAAAACGAUGAAAAAAAUAAAUUAGAAAAUACAGACACCGAAGAAGAUCUAUAAAAUUUACAAGACAAUUAAAGAGAUGGUGAUGAUGAUGGAUUAGAUGAAGAUGAGUUUAACUAAACAAAUACCUAUUUGGAAUUCAUGGAUGAUCAUAUAGAUUAAUUUAAUCCUGAAGACUUUGGUAUGGCUGUCUAUUUAUUAAAUUAAUAAAAUGAAGAUAUUUUGCAACUCUUUGAAGAAAUUACCCAACACAAUCAGCUAUCAAACGCUACUUAUAGUAUCAUGCCCAUCAAAAUUAUGGUCUCAAGCAAAUUUAAAGAUGUUUUAAACAAGCACUUUAAAUCAGAAGAAGUUUAUCUUAUAGAAGCAAACAAGUAAGUUGUAACAACUUCAAUAUUCGCAGUUUAUCAGUCUUUUAGAGUUUAAUCUGAUUUAGAUGCUUUCAUAUAAAACUUGAAAUUAGCUGUUAUGAAAGAUUAGACUCGUAAGCAAUCUCUUGAUGAGUCAGAUGAUGAAUUGAGCUCUAACCGCUAAGCUGGAAGCAUAUUUAAAGGGUACCAAGAAAAAAUACACCCUGAUGAAAUACUCUAAGAAAGUAAUGCUAUAUCUCCUAUAGAUUAAUCUAUAGCAAAUCUUGCAAACAAUUAGCAUUACAUCCAAGAUAACUAGCCUUCUUUUUCAAACCAAUAAAAUUACUACUAGUAGUCUAGCGAUAGUAAUGCCAAACCUGUUUAGAAUUCUGCUGAAUUCUCUUACAGACCUCAAGAAGCCAAAUAGGAACAUGAAUAAAAUAUAUAAGAAAGAAAUAACAAUCAAGGAGCUAAAAAAGCUGGUUUAAUUAGCCUUCACAAUGCUCAAUCAGAAACUGAAAUUUAAGCCAGACCUCUCACUAAUGAAAGUUCCGAUUCUUCAAUUAGAAAGAGAUUGAGAACUGAAUCUCUUCAAGUUGAAACAAAUGCUAAAUUUUCUCCUAGAAAUAAGAAGCAAUAAUCUAAAAAAUCAAACAGCCCUGAUAGAUAAGACUCCUCUUAAUCUCAAAAGGAAGAGGAAAAGGAAAAAUCAAUUAGAUCUCCGACUGGAUAAUCCUAAUUUAAGUACUAAAUAAAUCAGCAAUAAUCUUAGUAGUAGCCUGUUUUCGGUUUAAUUAAUUUGAAGAAAUUGUAGUAAAUUAAUGUCGAAGUUUAGAACACCGGCAUGAAUGUUUAAGAUAAUGAUUUAAAUGAAAUCUUAUCACAUGAAAUUAGUGAAUUCUAUUGCUCAUAUAUUUAUAAUGAGAAUGAUAGAAUUUAUGAUGAAAUAGUGAACCUCUCAACUACUACCACUAACCCACUUAAUAAAAAAGUCCUUGAAGUGUUUAGCAUAUUAUAUUAAGUCAAUGAUUUAGAUGUUAUCGAUAUUAUUGAAGAUUACAAAGAAUAAAGAAAUCUAUAAAUUGUUAAAGAAAAACUUACAAAUGUUGCAAAAAACAAAAAAAGAAGCUGUUAUUCAUCCAUCCAAUCAGUUAAUAAUAAGAUUGGAAAAUUCAAUCUUUUCAAAAGACUACUAAAGAUAAUUGAGAAAUAGUAUUAAUCUGAAUAAGUAGAUUUCUAUGUUCAACAAUAUCUAUUCUUGCAUGAUGAUGUAGUGACCUUAGCUGCAUUUGAAGCUUAUUGCAUAAAUAAAAACUGGAGAGAAUUUGUUGAAAAUCUUGUUUUGAUUGGAAAGAUGAGUUUGAUUAAAUUCAAUUUAAAUUAAACAGAAAUAUCAAAAUUAAAUCAAUACGUUUUAGAUCAACUUUACAUUAUUUAUGCAUAUGGAAGAUAUUUAAGAAGUGAAGAAAAGAAGGAUUUAGAAAUUAUCAUAAAGCAGGAUCAAGAAAAUUGCCACAUCUAAUCAUUAGUAAAUGAAUACGAUGCUGGAGUAAUAGAUUAAGGAGAGUUAGUUGAUGGUAUAUGCAAAUACGCAAAAGAAAUUUCUAAUAGCUUAAGAAAAGAUGAAUACUUUUUAAAAAUGAAAUAUAGUUGUCCUAGUAUUGAAGAAAGAGAAGAGUUAAAAAAAGUAGUUGAAUAAUAUAGAAAUGAUUUAUAAGAAAGAGAAAUCACUAAUUUAGAACUUUUUAAUCAACUCAUUUACUCUGCCAAUAAAAAUUUAUUAGGAGCUCUUUGUUUACAUGACUACAUGAAAGACAAGGAAGAUUUCUUAGAGAAUCUAGCUAUGAUAUAUCAUUACGAAACAUCAAAUGAUAUGAAGAGAGUUAUUAAAGAGUUUUCAAGAAUUAAUAAAUGGGAUCAAAAUCAAGUCAAAUUUUUAAUACAAAAAGUAGAUGAUGAUGAACCUGUCUUAAUGGGAGCUUACUAUCACUAUAAGAAGAAUGAAGUUGAUAAAGAUGAAAAAUUAGAACUAAAAGAAACAUUUGAAUUAUAUUUAAAGAGCUAAUACAAAUAUUAUAAUUAAUGAUUUAAAAGCUUGCAAAAAAUUUCUUUUGAUAAAAAUGAAUAAAAUUCAUAUGUUUUAAAAUAUUUUUCAUUGUGUUCAUCUAUCGAUUUAUUAUUUUAAAAUUUAAUUUGAUUCAAAA